GCUCGGUAGGGCCAAGGGGGGGCGGGCAGCUGAUAAUAGACGAUAUGUCUGUCCUUGAGCUAUGACAGCCCAGGGGUUACCCAUCUGUAUUCCCCGGACACUCAGCUGUUCCAGCGCCUAUCUUCUGGCACCAUGUUGGGGGUUUUUGUCAGAGCUGCGCUGCGUCCGGGCAUUGCAAAUCCAUGCCGAUUACUCAGAACGGUAACCCAGAUACCAGAAAGGACCUUUGUGCAUCAGGAGGGUUUGCCAAAGCUGCCCGUUCCACCUUUGAAGCAAACAUGCGAGCGCUACCUGGCUGCUUUGGAGCCUAUUGUCAGCGAGGAAGAGCUGGAGCACACCCAGAUGCUAAUACAGGACUUCCUAAAGGGCGGCGUCGGAGGAAGGCUCCAGAAGGAACUGGAGAGACGUGCGAGGAAGACGGAUAACUGGCUGUCAGAGUGGUGGAUGCAAACAGCAUAUCUGGACUGUCGCAUGCCCCUGGCCGUCUACACCAGCACCGGACUCGCCUUGCCUCGAAUGCACUUUGAGGAUCGACAAGGCCAGAUGCGGUUUGCUGCCAAACUCAUUGCAGGGGUUUUGGACUUUAAAAGAAUGGUUGACACCGAAACACUGCCUGUUCAGUAUUUGAAUGGGAAGCCUUUAUGCAUGGACCAGUAUUACCAGAUUCUGUCCUCGUGUCGUAUCCCCGGUCCGAAGAGAGAUACAGUGGUGCAUUACUCUGCAGGUGCUACACCUCCUAGUCACAUCACCGUGGUUCACAACUUUCAGUUCUUUGUUUUAGAUGUUUAUAACAGCGAUGGCACCCCGCUGACAGUAGAUCAGAUCACCAUGCAGCUGGAGAAGAUCUGGAAUUCUUCUUUACAAACUAAUAAAGAACCAAUCGGCAUCCUGACGUCACAACACCGCAACACCUGGGGGAAAGCUUACAACAACCUGAUAAAGGACAGGACCAAUAAGGAUUCGGUCCGUGCUAUCCAGAAGAGCAUCUUUACCGUGUGUUUGGACGCUCCGAUGCUCAGAGUUUCCGAUGAGAUGUAUAUGAGCCGCGUGGCGGCCCAGAUCCUCCAUGGAGGAGGGACGCGUUGGAACAGUGGCAACCGCUGGUUUGAUAAAACACUGCAGUUCAUUGUGGGUGAAGACGGUACAUGUGGACUGGUCUAUGAACAUGCUCCCACCGAAGGUCCACCCAUCGUCUUUCUAAUCGAUUACGUGGUUAAAUACAUGCAGAGACCUGAGAUGGUUCGCUCCCCUAUGGUCCCCCUGCCCAUGCCUCAGAAGCUUCGCUUUAACAUCACACCCGAGAUCAAGAGAGACAUUGAGAAAGCCAAGCAAAAUAUGAACAUAAUGGUGCAGGACUUAGAUGUAAAGGUUAUUGCAUUUUCACAUUUUGGAAGAAAUGUGCCAAAGCAGCAUCGGCUGAGUCCAGAUGCGUUUGUGCAAAUGGCUCUACAGUUAGCCUACUUUAGGAUGUAUAAUGUUUGCUGUCCUACAUAUGAGAGUGCAACGCUGAGAAUGUUUAAAUUUGGACGCACAGAGGCAGUCCGUUCAACUACUGUGGACUCACUAAAGUUUGUUCAGGCAAUGGAAGAACCGUCUGUGCAGAACACAGAGCGGGUGGCGCUGCUGCAGAAGGCCGUUCAAACUCACAAGGAAAACACACUUAAUGCAAUUAAUGCACAAGGGAUCGACAGGCAUCUGCUUGGGCUAAAAAUGCAGAGUAUUGAAGAUCUGACCUCCAUGCCUGAGAUAUUUAUGGAUACAUCAUAUGCAGUAGCUCAUCAUUUUAAUCUCUAUACCAGCCAGGUUGGUUCCAAGACGGAUUGUGUGAUGUGUUUCGGUCCAAUGGUGCCAGAUGGCUACGGGGUGUGUUACAAUCCCAUGGAUGAGCAUAUCAACAUCGCCAUCACGGCCUUCAACAGCUGUGAGGAGACAAACGCUGCCAACUUCGCCCAGGCUGUAAAGAAAGCCUUGUUGGACAUGAGAGUUCUCCUGGAAGAAACAGCCGGGACCAGACAGUGAUCCCACACAUGAGCGCGGCGCGUGUGCAUGAAGCUGAAACUAAAUCUUGUCGUUGCCAGCGUCGUUGGCCGAGCACCACGCUGGGAAAGGAGAAUUAAGAGGAAACCUGUUACCAAAGGGUUUGUGGAAAACGCAAAACGUGUGACUUUAAAUGCACUGCCUUUAAAAGGAGAAAUGCUCUAUGAUAGAUGUGUAUUUUGAAAUGUUGUUAAAGCGAUUGUAAUGUUGCAAAGAGUUUUUUGUGGUCUAUAUUUUAAAUGUCCCAUGUGGAUCCUAACAGA